CCCACAUUUGCCCUAUGAUGGGCCUGGGUUAAGCAGACUGACGGAAGAUUUCUUUGGAAGUGUAUCUUGAUUUUGUCGAAUCCAGAAAUCAGUUAUAAUAAAGCAAAUGGUGCCAGGGUGUUAGACAUUGCCUGCUACAUAGGCGGUUCUUGACACCCCCCGCCCCCCCCCCUCAGAGCCUGCACUUUUAUGGCUUGGGAGACUGGACAGGUGUAGACUGAUGGAGCUCUGAUCAUGAGCAAAUCAUAAGAGAGAGAGAGAGAGAGAGAGAGAGAGAGAGAGAGAGAGAGAGAGAGAUUUAGCUUUCUAUAGUAUAGCUUAACAGACAGGUGAGAGUUAAAAGACGACGAUCUACGCUCUUUUAUAUCGUUGGCAAAAGAGGGUCACGUGGAACCUGGAGCCUAUCCCAGGCAGCAUCGGGCACAAGGAGGGGUCCCUGGAUGUUUUAACUUGGAAGUGUUUGACUCUGUGUACACGACAGGAGGGUGUUGAAUUCUGUUCAGUUUUUCCAUAGCACUAAAUGCCCUUCCUGUCCUCAUAGUAACCAUGACAACUGGAGUAUCAGUUGGGUUAUUUUAAUUGUACAUUGCCAAAAGGACUGAUCAGUGGACCAUGGCAAAGGAUUAGAGCCAACUCUUCAAACAUGGACUGAUAUAUCUUGGUAGCAUAUGCUAUGUCUGUAUGUAAUGCCAGCUCUCUGGAACAAUGUGGACUGCUUGGACCAGCAGAGCCUGAGCUGCAGAAGGUUGAAAUUAGUUUAAUUCCUGUCGUGAUUAGGGUGGCUUUGGCUGCCAUCAUGAUCUUCAUGAUCACCAUUGGUUUCUUGGGCAAUUCAGUAGUGUGUUUGAUCGUCUAUCAGAAGCCAGCAAUGCGAUCAGCUAUCAACCUGCUUCUAGCCACGCUAGCCUUCUCAGACAUCAUGCUCUCUCUGCUGUGUAUGCCUUUCACCGCUGUGACUGUGGCCUCCACGGACUGGAGUUUCGGAGUAGGAUUCUGCCGAGCCUCCGUCAUGCUUUACUGGUUCUUUGUCCUGGAGGGUGUCUCCAUCCUGCUCAUCAUCAGCGUGGAUCGCUUUCUCAUCAUCGUGCAGAGGCAGGACAAGUUAACACCACAUCGUGCCAAAGUUCUGAUCGCAGCCUCAUGGGCUUUGUCCUUCUGUGUGGCACUUCCAUCAGUUGUAAACUGGAGGGCUGGGAUCAUCGUGGAGCGGGUGCCCCAGUGUAUCCUGGGAUAUAGUGACUCACUGGCAGAACGGGGUUACAUGGUGCUGUUAGCAGUGGCAGUUUUCUUUGUUCCAUUUAGUGUCAUGCUGUACUCCUACAUGUGCAUUCUGAACACAGUGCGGAGAAAUGCACUGCGCAUCCACACGCAUGUUGCUGAAGACUGCGCAGGGCUCAAGCUGGGUCUUACGGGUCUGCAGCGCCCCCCACAGGUCAACGUGGACAUGAGCUUCAAAACCAGGGCCUUCACCACCAUCCUGAUCCUCUUUAUUGGCUUCUCUGUGUGCUGGCUGCCUCAUACAGUGGUGAGCCUGUUGGCUGUUUUCAGUCGCCGCUUCUACUUCAGUCCAGCAUUUUAUCCAGUCAGCAUAGGGGCUCUGUGGCUCAGUUACCUAAAGGCCGUAUUUAACCCCGUCAUCUACUGCUGGAGGAUCCGCAAAUUUCGUGAAGCCUGUUUAGAUUUCAUGCCCAAGACUUGCAGGCUCUACCCCAAGGUCCCGGGUCGAAGUCACAGGCGCAUAAGACCCAGCAAUAUUUAUAUCUGUAGCACUGAGACCCAGUCUGCAGUUUAGCAUUUGAAUUUGGAAAUUGAAAUGCGGUUACACUUUAAUUUAUUCACAGUCCAUCUGAAACAUAAAACUUGCAUUCCCUGACCAACACCUGCAAGCGAUACAAUGAGAAUUUCAAAACAUUUAUUUCAACAACACAGAUACCAGUUAUUGCAUCCUUUACAGUUACUGGUGAGGAUUAUUUAAGAUGUACAUUUCAGCUGGGGGAAAAAGCACCCAUACUAUUUAGCAAAUAAAAUCCCAUGUUGUAAUUUGACCUAACACAGAAACACAUCAUGGACAAGCAAAUUUUGUUACAUUUUUUGUCACAGUUCAUCAGUGCAAUACAAUCAAAGCGAAGCCACCAUUUUUUGGGGUUUUUUUUUUCUGUUAUAUGCUACAUGUUUAGAAAGAAUCACAGCAAUUUAAAACCAUGGAUAUUGGCAAAGAAAGCAGCUGUUGUGAAUUUUCUGAAUUGAAAUACUGCAAUAAAAUAAUGCAAUAAUGCAAAAA